UAUAUAGCUCAAUCAUAUCCGCCAAUCCCUUCUGAAAACCUCUUAUUUCAAUCGUUUUCAUAAUUCUUAUUAUCUCAGUCAUAUUCUUURGAGAAUGGCCAUGGUUACAAGGUUGGGUGCUGAAAAGCCAGUGGUAAUUUUUAGCAAAAGUUCUUGCUGCAUGUCCCACUCAAUUAAGACUCUGAUUUACAGCUUUGGUGCUAAUCCCACAGUUUACGAGCUAGAUGAACAUCCUAACGGGCAGCAAUUGGAGAGAGAGUUGAARGCACUAGGACGUAAGCCAAGUGUACCAGCCAUAUUUAUAGGGCAAGAGCUGAUUGGUGGUCCAAAUGAGAUCAUGACACUCCAUCUCAAGGGUAAACUAGUCAAGCUGCUCAAGAAGGCCAAUGCCAUAUGGGUUUAACUUUUAUAAUAAUAACGAAUAGAAUGACGUAACAGUGUCUUGUUUUUAGGUAAAAGAACUGUUAUGCUUCAGUAGUUUCUGUUAGCCUUMUGGCAAACGUUUACAAUUUAUAUACUAUGUGGUGUCAAUCA